GAACAUUUUCUACAAUAAGAGCCAUGAAAACAGCACUCUCCACCUGUUUCUUUCUGGGCCUUUUACAAUUCAGUUCUAGUGCUACAAGAAGAUACUACCUGGGUACCGUGGAACUGUUCUGGGACUAUAUGCACAGUGACCUGCUCAGUGAACUGCACAUGGACACAAGAUUUCUUCCUAGAAUGCCAACAUCAUUUCCAUUCAACACUUCCAUCAUGUACAAAAAGACUGUGUUUGUAGAGUUCACGGACCACCUUUUCAACAUUGCCAAGCCCAGGCCACCCUGGAUGGGGUUGCUGGGUCCUACCAUUUGGGCUGAGGUUCAUGACACCGUGGUCAUUACACUUAAGAACAUGGCUUCUCAUCCUGUUAGUCUUCAUGCUGUUGGCGUAUCCUACUGGAAAGCUUCUGAGGGAGUUGAAUAUGAUGAUCAGACAAGCCAAAAGGAGAAGGAAGAUGAUAAAGUUUUUCCUGGUGAAAGCCAUACCUAUGUUUGGCAGAUUCUAAAAGAGAAUGGUCCAAUGGUUGCUGACCUUCCAUGUCUCACCUAUUCAUAUCUAUCUCAUGUGGACCUGGUGAAAGAUCUGAAUUCAGGCCUUAUUGGACCUCUGCUGGUAUGUAGAGAAGGGAGUCUAUCCAGAGAAAGGACCCAGAUGUUGCACCAAUUUGUACUACUUUUUGCUGUAUUUGAUGAAGGGAAGAGUUGGCACUCAGAAAUAAAGGGCUCCUUCACACAGGCUGGGAAUUCUGCAUCCACUAGAGCCGGGCCUGAAAUGCACACAGUCAAUGGCUAUGUAAACAAGUCUCUGCCAGGUCUGAUUGGAUGUCACAGGAAAUCAGUCAACUGGCAUGUUAUUGGAAUGGGCACCACCCCUGAAGUGCACUCAAUAUUCCUUGAAGGUCACACAUUUCUUGUGAGGAAUCAUCGUCAGGCUUCUUUGGAGAUAUCACCAAUAACCUUCCUUACUGCUCAGACAUUCUUGAUGGAUCUUGGACAGUUUCUACUGUUUUGUCAUAUCUCUUCCCACCAACAUGAUGGAAUGGAAGCUUAUGUCAAAGUACAUAGCUGCCCAAAGGAACCCCAACAACGGAUGAAAAAUAAUGAGGAUGAAGAUUAUGAUGAUGAUGAUGUUGAUGACCUUGAUGAGGAAAUGGAUGUGUUCACGUUUGGUGAUGGUAACUCUCCUUUUAUUCAAAUCCGCUCGGUUGCCAAGAAGCAUCCUAAAAUAUGGAUACAUUAUAUUGCUGCUGAAGAGGAAGACUGGGACUAUGCUCCUUCAGUUCUCACCUCUAAUGACAGAAGUUAUAAAAGCCAGUAUUUGAACAAUGGUCCUCAUCAGAUUGGUAGAAAAUAUAAAAAAGUCAGAUUUAUUGCAUACACAGAUGAAACCUUUAAGACUCGUGAAACUAUUCAGUAUGAAUCAGGAAUCUUGGGACCUUUACUUUAUGGGGAAGUUGGAGACACACUGUUGAUUAUAUUUAAGAAUCAAGCCAGUAGACCAUAUAACAUUUUCCCCCAUGGAAUCACUGAUGUUAGUCCUCUGCACUCAGAGAGAUGGCCAAAAGGUAUAAAACAUUUGAAGGACAUGCCAAUUCUUCCAGGAGAGAUAUUCAAGUAUAAAUGGACAGUAACUGUAGAAGAUGGACCAACUAAAUCAGAUCCUCGAUGCCUGACUCGCUAUUAUUCUAGUUUCAUUAAUCCAGAGAGAGAUCUAGCUUCAGGACUCAUUGGUCCUCUCCUCAUCUGCUACAAAGAAUCUGUAGAUCAAAGAGGAAACCAGAUGAUGUCAGACAAGAGAAAUGUCAUCCUGUUUUCUGUAUUUGAUGAGAAUCAAAGCUGGUACCUCACAGAAAACAUGCAGCGCUUCCUCCCCAAUUCAGCCAGAGUACAGCCCCAGGAUCCUGAGUUCCAGGCCUCCAACAUCAUGCACAGCAUCAAUGGCUAUGUUUUUGAUAGCUUGCAGUUGUCAGUUUGUUUGCAUGAGGUGGCAUACUGGUACAUUCUAAGUGUUGGAGCACAGACAGACUUCUUAUCUGUCUUCUUCUCUGGAUAUACUUUCAAACACAAAAUGGUCUAUGAAGACACACUUACCCUAUUCCCAUUCUCAGGAGAAACUGUCUUCAUGUCAAUGGAAAAUCCAGGUUUAUGGGUCCUGGGGUGCCACAAUUCAGACUUUCGGAACAAAGGCAUGACAGCCUUACUCAAGGUUUCUAAUUGUGACAGGAGCACUGGUGAUUAUUAUGAGGAAAUAUAUGAAGAUAUUCCAACUCACUUGCUGAGUGACAACAAUGUCGUUCAACCCAGAAGCUUCUCCUGGAAUUCAAGGCACCCUAGUGCUAGACAAAAGAAAUUCGAAACAAAGCCAAUUCCUGAAAAUGAUAUAGAAAAGAUUCAGCCUCCACUUGGAGAGAGAACAGAAAUGCUUCAAGUACAAAGUGUUUCAUCUAGCAACUUGUUGAUGCUCUUGGGGCAGAAUCCUACUCCACAUGGUUCAUCCUUAUCAGAUUACCAAGAAGCCACAUAUGAGGCUAUUCCUGAUCAUUCACCUAGUGCAAUAGACAGUAGUGAAGGCCUACCUGAAGUGACACAACUCAGACCAGAGCUCGAUCACAUUGAGCAAACAGUAUUUACUCCUGAGCCAAGCCUUCAAUUAAGAUCAAAUGAGAAUCUGGGGACAAAUACAGCAGGAGAGUUGAAGAAACUUGAUCUGAAAGUGUCUAGUUUGCCAAAUAAUCUAAUGACUACACCAAUUCAAUCGUAUACUUUGACUGAAAGUCCUGAAAAGACAGGUUCCUCGGGAUCACCAAAUAUUCUAGUUUCCUUUAGUGGUCAAUUAAGUACCACUGCAUUUAGUAGAAAGUCAUUUCCUCUUACUGGGGCUCAUAUACUUCUGAACAUUAGUGAAAGAAAUAAUGAUUCCAAGUUAUUAGAAACAGUUUUAACGAAUGAUCAAGAAAGUUCACCAGGAAAUAAUAUAUCAUCAAUAGAGAGUUAUAGGCUACCCCAAGAGGAAAGAUCUCAUGGACUUUCUUUAUUACCUAAAGGUGAUGCUUUAUUAAAAGUUAAUUUGAUAAAAACAAACAAGCCAUCUAACCACUCAAUAACUAAUGGGAAAACUCACACUGACAACCUGAACUCAACUGAAACUAGUACAGUCUGGCAAGAUACUGUAUUUAAAAGCAAUACUCAAUUUCAAGAAAUAUCAUAUUUGAUUCAAAAUAAAACACUUACAGGCAAAAUUACUACAGACUCUAGGGUGAACCAUGUGCCAAAUAAAACUACCUUAUCAAAAGAUAAAAAAAUAAUUCACCAAAAAUAUGAGGGCCCUGUGCCACAAGAUGCAGAAAAUCAAUAUAUAUCAUUCUUUAAGAUGCUAUUCUUACCAGAAUCAGCAAACUUGACAAAAAGGACCAGUGAAAAAGAUUCCCUGAAUUCUGGGCAAGGGUCUAGUCUAAAGCAAAUAAUAUCUUUAGGAGAAGAAAAUUCUGUGAAAAAUCAGAAUUUCUUAUCAGAAAAUAAUAAAGAAGAACUAGAAAAUGGUGAAGUUAUAAAGGGCAGAAGACUCAAGGGAAUGAUUUUUCCAAAAAACAGUAGCAUAUUUUUUACUAUCCUAGCUAAUGUUCAAGAAAAUGAUAUGCAUAAUCAAGAAAAAAAUAUCCAAGAAGUGAUAGAAAAGAAGGAAAACUCUCAAUCAGCAAAUAACUCAACAAAUAUAGCAGAGCUUCACACAGCCCAUUUGUUAAAAAGAAGAGAGACAGAGGAAACAAAUUCAGAAGGCUUGCAAAAUCAAACCAAGAAAAUGCUAGAUAACUAUCAAAACACCACAAGAAUGUUUCCUAAUUCAAGCCAGAAUUUUACUAUUAAACAUGGUAAACAGGCUUUGGAACAAUUUAGACUCCCAUUAGAAGAAACAGGGCAUAAAAAGGAGUUAAUUAUGGAUGAUACUUCAACCCAAUGGUCCCAAACCAUGAAAUAUUUGACCCAGGGCAUCAUUACACAGGAAGAUCACAAAGAGAAGAAGGAAAAGGUCAUUACCCAGUCUCUUUUCUCAGACUCUCAUGUGAGGAAUAGCACCACUGAGAUUAAUAGUUCUGCAUCAUCCACUGUAAAAAUAUCAAUUAAACCUACAAAUAUAACAAAGAUUCCAUCCCAAGACAACUUUUUUCACUUUCUAACAUCAUCCUAUAAUUAUACCUUUAAGACAAAAAGUUCUGAAGUUCAAGAAAGUAGUCAUUUCUUAAAAGAAGGCAAAAGUAAUAACCUUUCUUUAGCCAUCCUACCCUGGGAGAUGAUCAGAUAUCAAGAAAAGGUUGGUUCUCUGGGGACAAGUGACACAGACUUAGUCAUAGACAAGAACCUUAAGGACACUUCUGUCUUGAAACCAGCCUUGCAGAUACCAAAAGAAGAGCUGAAAGCCAAAGAGAAGUCACCAAAAACUACAUCUGUUAAGACAAAAGAUACCAGUUUGUCUCUAAACUCUUUUGAAAACAAUCAAUCAAUAGCAUCAAAUGAGGGAGAAGAGUGGUCCCAAAGAGAAGGCACUUGGGGAAAGCAAAGAGGGACUCCAAGGUUGUACCCUAAAAACCCACUAGUCUUGAAACGCCAUCAAAGGGAAGUAACUCUUGCUGCUCUUCAGUCAGAGGAAGAAGCAGUUGACUAUGACGAUGCCAUUGAAGUUGAAACAAACAGGGAAGAUUUUGACAUUUAUGGUGAAAAUGAAAAUCAAAGCCCCCGUAGUUUUCAACAGAGAACACGGCACUAUUUCAUUGCAGCUGUGGAGCGGCUCUGGGACUAUGGAAUGAGUAGCAUACACCCUCAUAUUCUAAGAAACAGGUAUGAGGACCUGAAUGGCAAUGCCCCUCAGUUCAAGAAAGUGGUUUUCCAGGAAUUUACUGAUGGAUCCUUUACUCAGCCCUUAUAUCGUGGAGAACUAAAUGAACACUUGGGGCUCUUGGGACCAUAUAUAAGAGCAGAAGUUGAAGAUAACAUUAUGGUAACUUUCAGAAACCAAGCCUCUCGUCCUUACUCCUUCUACUCUAGCCUCAUUUCUUAUAAGGAAGAUCAGAUGCAAGGAGCAGAACCUAGAAAAAACUUUGUCAAGCCUAAUGAAACCAAAACUUACUUUUGGAAAGUGCAACAUCAUAUGGCACCCACUGAAGAUGAGUUUGACUGCAAGGCCUGGGCUUAUUUCUCUGAUGUGGAUCUUGAAAGAGAUGUACACUCGGGUUUGAUUGGCCCUCUUCUGAUCUGCCACACAAACACACUGAAUCCUGCUCAUGGGAGACAAGUGACAGUGCAGGAAUUUGCUCUGUUUUUUACCAUCUUUGAUGAGACCAAGAGCUGGUACUUCACCGAAAACAUAGAAAGGAACUGCAAGGCACCCUGCAAUAUCCAAGUGGAAGACCCCACUUUCAAAGAGAAUUAUCGCUUCCAUGCAAUCAAUGGUUAUGUGAUGGAUACACUACCUGGCUUAGUAAUGGCUCAAGAUCAAAGGAUUCGAUGGUAUCUUCUCAGCAUGGGCAGCAAUGAGAACAUCCAUUCUAUCCAUUUCACUGGACAUGUGUUCACUGUACGGAAAAAAGAGGAGUAUAAAAUGGCAGUGUAUAGCCUAUACCCAGGGGUUUUUGAGACAGUGGAAAUGCUGCCAUCCAAAGCUGGAAUUUGGAGGGUCGAGUGUCUUAUUGGCGAGCACUUGCAUGCUGGGAUGAGCACUCUUUUCCUGGUGUACAGCAAACAGUGUCAGUUUCCUCUGGGAAUGGCUUCUGGACAUAUUAGAGAUUUUCAGAUUACAGCUUCAGGACAAUAUGGACAGUGGGCCCCAGAGUUGGCCAGACUUCAUCAUUCUGGAUCAAUCAAUGCCUGGAGCACGAAGGAACCUUUUUCCUGGAUCAAGGUGGAUCUGUUGACCCCAAUGAUUAUUCAUGGCAUCAAGACCCAAGGUGCCCGUCAUAAAUUUUCCAGCCUCUACAUCUCUCAAUUUAUAAUUAUGUAUAGUCUUGAUGGAAAGAAGUGGAUGUCAUAUCGAGGGAAUUCCACUGGGACCUUAAUGGUAUUUUUUGGCAAUGUGGAUUCAUCUGGGAUAAAGCACAACAUUUUUAAUCCUCCAAUUAUUGCUCGGUACAUCCGUUUACACCCAACUCAUUACAGCAUCCGCAGUACUCUUCGCAUGGAGUUGAUAGGCUGUGAUUUAAACAGUUGUAGCAUGCCAUUAGGGAUGGAGAAUAAAUUAAUAUCAGAUGCACAGAUUACUGCCUCAUCAUACUUAACCAACAUGUUUGCCACCUGGUCUCCUUCACAAGCUCGACUUCACCUCCAGGGAAGGACUAAUGCCUGGCGACCUCAGACAAAUAAUCCACAAGAGUGGCUGCAAGUGGACUUCAAAAAGACAAUGAAAGUCACUGGGAUAAUAACCCAAGGAGCGAAAUCACUCCUAACUAGCAUGUUUGUGAAGGAAUUCCUAAUCUCCAGCAGCCAAGAUGGCCAUCACUGGAAUCACCUUUAUCAGAAUGGCAAAGUAAAGGUUUUUCAGGGGAAUCAAGAUUCCUUCACACCUAGGGUGAACUCUCUAGACCCUCCAUUACUGACUCGAUAUCUUCGAAUUCACCCCCAGAGCUGGGUACACCAGAUUGCCCUGAGGCUGGAAAUUCUGGGCUGUGAGACCCAGCAACUGUACUGAGGCAGCCUCUGUAAACCCAGUUCAUUACCCUUGUCUGCCUCCUCAGCUCCAGGAUAUUCCCUAACUCAAGACUAUAGUUCCUCUGAGGCUUCAGAUUAUAUAUUGCCCCAUGCUGUUAAAUUCAUCAUUAUCUUUUCUAUGUAUUUAAAGUAUACAUUUGUAGAAGACACUGCUCUGAAGCUUCCCAUAUUAUUAAUCCUACAUUUUCUGAAAAUUUAAGCAUAUAGCAGAGCCAGCACUUCCUCCACUGUGGGAAAACAGUAUGUUAAAAGUUGGCAGAGGUCCAGAGGGCUUAGUGGUUAAUGCCUUUGUCUGCAAAGCCAAAGGACCCAGGUUUGAUUCCCCAGGACCCACGUUAGCCAGAUGCAC